AUGAGUGAUAUCAACAUAUUUAUAACGUCCGAUUUGACUUCAUCGGAAAGACGUAUAUCCCCACAAUGGAGCUUACACUAUUUGAAGCAAAGAUUGGAACAAAUCACGGGAGUUGAGCCCUGUAAUCAGAUUAUACAAUAUUUCCCAAACAAAUACUCCAACGAAUUUCACCGACUUACUUCGGGACAGGCAGAUGAAGAAGAUACACUUUUGUCAGAAUUGGGUCUUAAGGAAUAUAGCCGGAUACAUGUGAUUGACGCCGAUCCCAACUCUACUACGAACCAACUUAUUAACGAGACAUCACCUUCUAAUGUGCCAAUGAGUGGUGGUGGUGGUGGUGAAGAGUUUCAGCUCACUGAAGAAGAGUACCAAAAGAAGAAUAAUACAGUAUUGCAAUGGAAACGGGAACAAAGACUAGGCCGAUUUGACCCUGAUUAUGAAAUGAUUCAGGAAAAGAUUAAAUUAGAAAACGAAGCUGCUAUUGCAAAUAUCCAUGUUGGUGAUAGGUGUAGAGUUAUAAACAUUGAAGGAGAAAGAAGAGGCACAGUGAGAUUUGUUGGAAAGAUUGAUCAUUUGGAUCAAGGGAAAAUGGAUUGGGUGGGUGUCGAAUUCGAUGAGCCUGUAGGGAAGAAUAGUGGUGAUAUUGGCGGUAUUCCAGUUUUUGAAUGUAAGUACAAACACGGUAGUUUUUUCAAGCCAAAACAAGUGGAAGUUGGCGAUUUCCCUAUAUUGGACCCGUUUGCUGAGGAUGAAAGUAUGGAAGACUCAGAUGAGGAGUUGUGA